AUGCCGGCAGCUUUAAGAAAACUUAGAGCCGCUUGUAAAAUACGUGGGUUCAAAGAGCCAGCAGCCUGGGGACCCGAGGCUAGCGGCGAGCCGCAGCGGCCCGUCGCGCCGGGGUCCCACCAGAGAUUUGAAACACAACGCUCUGGAACUCCAACUCCCCCGGCGCGCAGCCCGCUGCCCAGGCGUCUGACCCGGGCACCCCUGCGGCUGCAGGGAAUAGGUCCCGGGCCUGCGGGAGUCCCGCCCGGCCUCUGUCCCGCGGGUGAUCCAGGUGCGCCGCGCCCACCCGAAACCUCGCCCGCCGGCGCCCGGCACCUGUCGCGUCCGGCGCCGGCAGGACCUACGCUCACCUCGUCCCGGGGACCCACGGCCCGUCUCCGCGCUCCUGGGCUCGGCUCCUGCCGCCGUCUCCGCCGGGGUCCCGCCGCGGCCGCCGCCCACUUUCGGUUUCCCGCACGGCCGGAGCCGCUGCCGCGGCUCGGGAAUCACCUCAAGCCCCCGCCCCACCCUGCUCGGCCCCGCCCCGCGCCGCGCCGCCCCGCCCCCAGGGCAGCCCGGCCUGGCUCUGCGCACGCGCGGGCGCCCCGGUCGCGUCGGCCCACGCCGGCGUCCGCGCGUGGGAAGGGAAACCGACACCGCCUAGCGGUUUCUGCGCGUGCCCACGCAUGGGCCGGCGGCGGAAGACGGCUGCGGGGCGGACGCAGGCGCGCCUCCUCGGGGACAGCGCAGAUAUCCACCUGUCCGCUCAGAUGCCAACUUUUUUCUCCAAGCAUCACUUUUUCAAGGACGAUGGCCAACCUCCUUCCCUGGCCUCCCCAUCCUACUUCUCAACCUCGUUACCUCUCCUUCGCACCUAUCUAGUACAUUAUAGGUGUUUUAUUUAUGUUUUUAUUUUCUACUAUUGUAAAAUUAAAGCUCUUUUGAUUGUGGG